AAAAUAUCUUUUUCUCUAAACGACGCCGCGGUCGUUUCCUCGCCUGAGGGAAGAAAGCUAGAGCCUGGAGACGAGUAGAGGUGCGCAGCCGACGCGCAAUCCGGUUAUAGGGUUCUGCUUCUGUCGCAUUACUUUCGCCUUUUGAUUUUGUUUGAAUCCAUUUGACUCUUCUCUACUAUUUGUGUAAGUUCUCUUCUUCCCUUCCAUCUUCCCAUUUUAGCGAUCUCUGUUGCUAAACAAAGAGCAAAUGGCGAGAAAGCACAGUGAUUCCAGUGACGACGAAAAGAGGAGGUAUCGCCGCUAUGAGCGUAGAAGCGAGCAUAGACGCAGCGACAAUAAUGAUAAGGACGAUGAUAGAAUUGGUGACGAUGAAUCUAGGGAUCACGAGGAAAAGAGGGGAAGAGAGGUUCGAGAGAGGAAGGCAUCGAGGGAAAGUUCUGAUGAAGAAGGAGAAUUGGUGGAGACAGAAAAGGGCGAGCGAGAUAGAGAGAGAAACGGUGAGCUUAAGGAUAGGUUUACAGGGUAUAAUAGAAGUUCUGAUGAGGAUGAUGACCGGCGGCGGAGGAGAGACAGGCGUGAGAGAGAGAAAACCCGUCGGCAUGAGAAUGGACAUAGAAGGCGAGAAGUUGAGGAUAGAAAUAGGGACCAGCACAGGAAAUCAGAACGAGAGAGGGAUAGAAUUGAUGAUGAAAGGCACAGGAGGCAUAGAAACAGAGAUGAUGAUGGUGAGAAUGGGAGACGUAGCGAGAAAAAUGAAGAGCGGGGAGAUGGUGAUCGACGAAAGGUGGUUGAAGACUCAAAACCUGGGAAAACGACAACGGAAGAAGGAAAAAUGGAUAAUGAACCAGGAAAUUUGGGUAGGAGUGGGGGGGUUUACAUUCCUCCUUUUAAGUUGGCUCGAAUGAUGAAGGAAGUUCAAGAUAAAAGCAGUGUUGAAUACCAAAGAUUGACAUGGGAUGCACUUCGUAAGAGUAUUAACGGGCUUGUGAACAAGGUUAAUGCCACUAACAUAAAGAACAUUAUCCCAGAGCUGUUUGCUGAGAAUUUGAUUCGAGGGAGGGGUCUUUUCUGUCGAUCAUGCAUGAAGUCUCAGAUGGCAUCUCCGGGUUUCACUGAUGUUUUUGCUGCCUUGGUUGCUGUAGUGAACACCAAAUUCCCUGAGGUGGGCGAUCUUUUGUUGAGAAGGAUAGUUUUGCAGCUUAAGAGAGCAUAUAAACGGAAUGACAAGCCUCAAUUGCUAGCUGCUGUUAAAUUUAUAGCACACUUAGUGAACCAGCAAGUGGCUCAUGAAAUUGUUGCUCUUGAACUUCUUGCGGUUUUGCUGGAGAAUCCUACUGAUGACAGCGUCGAGGUAGCUGUGGGUUUUGUCACAGAGUGUGGAUCCAUACUUCAAGAUGUGUCACCAAAAGGACUGGAUGGAGCUUUUGAGCGAUUUCGUGGAAUUCUUCAUGAAGGAGAGAUUGACAAGCGGGUGCAGUUUUUGAUUGAAGGCCUUUUUGCCAUCAGAAAAGCCAAAUUUCAGGGAUACCCUGCUGUUCGUCCAGAACUGGACCUUGUGGAGCAGGAAGACCAGUUAACACAUGAAAUAUCGCUUCAAGAGGACAUAGAGCCUGAGAUCACCCUUGAUAUUUUCAAGCCAGAUCCAAAUUUCCUUGAGAAUGAGAAACGCUAUGAAGAAUUGAAGAAAAGCAUCCUCGGUGAUGAGUCUGAGGAUGAAGAAGGUUCUGAUGCAGUUUCAGGUGAUGAGGAUGAGGAUGAUGAUGACGACGAAUCUGAGGAAGAUGAACAGCAGAUGCAAAUAAAAGAUGAGACUGAAACUAAUCUUGUAAAUCUUCGGAGGACCAUUUAUCUAACCAUAAUGUCCAGUGUAGACUUUGAGGAGGCUGGCCACAAGCUGCUGAAAAUUAAACUUGAGCCAGGACAGGAGAUGGAAUUAUGCAUCAUGCUUUUGGAAUGUUGCAGUCAAGAGAGAACUUAUCUCCGGUACUAUGGCCUUUUGGGGCAGCGGUUUUGCAUGAUCAACAAAGUCCACCAGGAAAAUUUUGAGAAGUGCUUUGUUCAGCAAUAUUCCAUGAUUCAUCGGCUAGAAACAAAUAAAUUGCGUAAUGUGGCAAAGUUUUUUGCUCAUUUACUUGGUACUGACGCCUUGCCUUGGCAUGUGUUAGCCUAUAUACGCUUAACUGAAGAGGACACUACUUCUUCUUCUCGAAUAUUCAUCAAAAUUCUCUUCCAGGAGUUGUCAGAACAUCUUGGCAUCCGUACAUUGAAUGAACGCCUUACAGAUCCUGCCAUGCACGACUCAUUUGAAUCUAUUUUCCCUAGAGAUAAUCCCAAGAAUACACGGUUUGCUAUCAACUUCUUUACAUCCAUUGGGCUUGGAGGCAUCACUGAAAAUUUGCGCGAAUACUUGAAGAAUAUGCCGCGGCUUAUCAUGCAACAGCAAAAACCCAUCUCAGAAUCUGAAUCAAAUGGCGAAUCUGGAAGUUCUGGUUCGUCAGACUCAGAGUCUGAGUCAGAAUCAGAGUCGGAUUCAUCAAGUUCUAGUGAGGAUGAGAGACACAAGAAGCGAAGUAGAAGUGAUAGGGAUGACACAAGUAGGAAGCGAAGUAAAAGUGAUGGGGAUGAAAGAAGCAGGAAGCACAGUAGGAGAGAUUAGGGGAAGUGAAAACCAUCUGCUGCAAAGGUCAAGAAUUAACUGUUUAAUUUUUAGUUAUUUAUUUGAGGCCAUCCUGUAAAUGUGGCAGUGUUGUCUAAAACCCUUUUUUGGAUUAGAAUCUUCUUAAUCAGUUGGAUGCUUCCAGUUUAUUUCAAGUAGUUGGCUGUCCUGUACUUAGUGUUGUAUACUAGUGUUAUCAUUUAAAAAUAUAAUUUAGAUUCGUUUAAGAAA